CACGCAGUCCACAACACAGAUUCCACAUCCUCUUCAUCCACAUCUGAUGACGAAGAGCAUUUUGAGAGACAUAGGAAGCGCAGCCAUAACAGAAAUUUAAGAAGGUGUCUUCCACUAAACUUUCGAAAAGAUGAGCUAAAGGGAAUUCCCAAGGAUCGAAUGACAAUUGGAGCAAGUCUGGCUGAUGUUGAUCCAAUGCAAAUAGAUUGUUCAGUGCGAUUUGAUGGUGUGGGUGGUCUUUCUGACCACAUUUCAGCUUUAAAAGAGAUGGUCGUUUUUCCACUGCUUUACCCAGAAGUCUUUGAGAGAUUCAAAAUUCAACCUCCAAGAGGCUGUCUAUUCUAUGGUCCGCCAGGGACUGGAAAGACACUGGUUGCUCGUGCGCUUGCUAAUGAAUGCAGCCAAGGUGAGAGGAGAAUAGCCUUUUUUAUGCAAAAAGGUGCCGACUGCCUGAGUAAAUGGGCGGGGGAAUCUGAACGACAGCUUCGGUUAUUAUUUGAUCAGGCCUACCAGAUGCGACCUUCAGUUAUCUUCUUCGAUGAGAUAGAUGGCCUUGCUCCUGUGCGGUCCAGUGAACAAGACCAAAUUCAUAGCUCUAUUGUGUCAACUCUUCUGGCCCUUAUGGAUGGCUUAGACAGCAGAGGAGAGAUUGUGGUCAUUGGAGCCACCAACAGGCUGGAUUCUAUAGAUCCUGCUUUACGAAGACCCGGCCGCUUUGAUCGAGAGUUCCUCUUCAGCUUGCCAGAUAAAGAGGCUAGAAAAGAGAUUUUCAAGAUUCACACACGAGAUUGGACCCCAAAGCCAUCGGACAUGUCUCUUGAAGAGCUAGCUGAAAAAUGUGUUGGGUACUGUGGUGCUGAUAUUAAAUCCUUAUGUGCUGAAGCUGCCCUCUGUGCUUUGCACCGCCGCUAUCCUCAGCUAUACAAAAGUAGCGAGAAACUGCAGUUAGAUGUUGCUUCUAUCAAAAUAACAGCAAAGGAUUUUGUCAUGGCUAUGCAGAAGACUGUUCCAGCUUCACAGAGGGCUGUGGCUUCACCUGGGCGAGCGCUAUCAUCUGUUUCAAAACCACUGCUUGAAAACACGUUAGCAAGAAUUUUACAAGCCUUGCAGAGAGUAUUUCCCCACGCAGAGUUUGCACUACAGAAGGACCAACAGCCAGACAGUGUAAAUCAUGUUUUAAGAAAUUAUGCAGUUGACAGUGAUGAGGAAUCGCCAUCAAUCUUUGAAGAUAAGCCAACUCAUCAAAUGCCCAGUAGAGAAAAGGAAAAAUUCCUCAAUUUUAGCAGGCAAGAAGGAGUUCACAUUCAGACUGCGUAUUCUGAGCUGUGUAUUCCUUAGCGCUUAUUGCUUGAGAAUAAGGUGACUAAGGAUUGGAGAAGAGGAG